CUUCUCUAGUUUUUUCAAUUUUUAUAUGGAUUUCUUGUAUAGUUAUCAUUAAUUUAAGAUUCUGGGGUUGCAUGCAAUCUAAAGCUCUGCCUAAAGAAUUUUGGUUUGAAUUUUUUGAUAAAAGAAUUGAAGAAAUGCUUGAAACAGUUGAGGGCAGUAGUUGUGUUAAUGGAGGUGUAGGAGUAGGAGUAGUAGUAGGAGGAGGAUAUUCUUCUUCACAACAAAUUAUUCAUCAUCAUCAUCAACAACAACAGAGCUGUGGAGACAGUAGCGAAGAAGAAUUAUCUGUACUGCCUAGACAUACUAAAGUUAUUGUGACUGGUAAUAAUAGAACUAAAUCUGUUCUUGUUGGUCUUCAAGGUGUUGUUAAGAAAGCUGUUGGUCUUGGUGGAUGGCAUUGGCUGGUUCUUACUAACGGUAUUGAAGUGAAGCUACAGAGGAAUGCCCUUAGUGUGAUUGAACCACCUACAGGUCUUGAGGAAGAUGAUGAUUUAGAAUGCGAGAACACACAAUGGAAUGUUUCAGAUAAUAUGGCUUCUGAUGACAACCACAAGACCCAUAGACAAAGGCAUCGGUCUCAUAAAUCGGGUGGCUCGUCUUACAAGACCAUUGACCAUUCUCUUUCCUAUGAUACACAAUUUAAAAGCUCUUUUGCACCUGCUCGACGUUCCACGAAGGUUGACCUAAGCAAACUAGAAAUGAAAGCACUUUGGAGAUAUUGGCGUCACUUCAAUCUUAUGGAUGUCAUCUCCAACCCAACCAAAGAGGAGCUAUUUGAUGUCGUUCAGCGGCAUUUCAUGUCACAGCAAUUGGAUGAGUUGCAAGUUAUCGCAGGGUUUGUGCAGGCUGCGAAGAGAUUGAGGAACGUUUAUAACUAACUUCAUCAACUUUGUGGAACAAAAAGCCUUUGUGAAAUUGGUUUGUUAAUACUAACAACAACAGCCCAGCAACAGAUACUCGCACUCACUCACUCACGUUCGUUCUUUUGUCUACCAACGGGGGCCUGUGUUUAUCUUUAGUAUUGUAAAUAUACGUAUCCUUUUGGAUUGUUUAAAAAGGGUCAUAUAUAGGGGUGGUGGUCAGAACUCACUAGUAGAGUAGCAAUAUUAGUGGUAGUGGCCGUGGUGGUUAUUCAUAGUAGUAUAGUAUUAGUACAGUGGUUUGUAGAUAUGGGAAGAAAGAAGCCCCUAAUAAGUGACUUGAAAUGUUUGCUUCAAAAUUUGCAUUUUGCAACUCUGGUUUUGGGUUGGUAGAACAAGUGGAUACGACAUAAUUAAGCUCUAAUGACAAGACUAGUUUUCUUUUAGA